UCAUAUUUCAAUAAGAGAGAGAGAGAGAGAGAAGAGAGAGAAAGAGAAUGUUUCAGAAUCAAGAAGGGUGCUACGAGGAUCCUUCUACCACCGGAGAUGGGUAUCACCAGUUCGUGAGGGUGGAAAAUGGAGGGCAUCUUCUCGGCGGCUACCACCACCACGCCGCUGCUUCUUCUGCGGUGAUGGCGGCAGACUAUGUCGGCGUUGGAGGAGGAGGCGAGGCUUUUCCGGCGCAGGCGGGCGGCUGGCGGGGACCUUGCAGCGGCAUGGAGAAGUUUGCGGGAAUGGUAGGGGAGGAAGGAGGGGGUGCAGGGUGCAAUCCCCUUCUCGUGGCUGCCAAGGAGAUGGGAUCGGCUAGAUUUGCCUUUCUUCAGAAACACUCCACUGAUUUUCCUUGGUCGUGGGGAGAAGAAGGGGGUGAUCCUCACCAUGUCGCCAACAAACGAACUGCACCUGCGGCUCACGACCACCAUCGUUUGGCAGCUGCACCCAUGAAGAUGAAGAAGGUGAAGGCCAGGAGGAAGGUGAGGGAGCCAAGAUUCUGCUUCAAGACCAUGAGCGACAUUGAUGUCUUAGAUGAUGGCUACAAGUGGAGGAAGUACGGCCAAAAGGUUGUCAAGAACACCCAACACCCCAGGAGUUAUUACCGUUGCACUCAAGACAAUUGCCGUGUGAAGAAGCGUGUGGAAAGGCUGGCUGAGGACCCGAGGAUGGUGAUCACAACUUAUGAGGGGAGGCAUUGCCAUUCACCAUCCCAUGACAUGGAGAAUUCGCCAUCAUCAUCUCACAUGAGUUUCUUUGGAUAACAUGCUUAAUUUGACUCUAUUUGAUCAAAAAUAGGUCCAGAUCAGAACCAAAAUCCCUUUAUUAUUGUGUUUCUACUACCUUUUAUCAUUUUCAGAAUACAAACGUACGUUCGUCAUAUGAGAAAUAUUGGCGUCACAUGAAACGUAACCAAGUUCUUGAACUCUAGGUCUUAACAGAAUACUUGUGAAUGAGUUCAUGAGCUUGGUCAUGUUUCACAUGAUCCCAAACGUAGCUUCAUUUGUUAUAAAGUACCCAUACUUGAUUUUCCAUUCUUUUUCUACUGUACCUUUCUACUUACAUGAUCUUGAGUGAUGGUAGAGAUCUAGUUCAUGAACUCUGUCGCUUAAUUCAUGUUCCCCAUGUUCCCCUUAGUGUUAAGUUAGAUUUGUAAGAAAAUAUCGUGACACUGUGUGGUUAAUAUAUUGCUGCA